AUGGGACUAUCUCCAUUUCAAAUGGUUUAUGGCAAAGCCUGCUACUUACCAAUAGAGAUGGAGCAUAAGGCAUAUUGGGCUUUGAAGUUUCUGAAUUUUGAUGAAGUUCUAUCGGGAGAGAAAAGGAAGCUGCAACUCUUGGAGUUGGAGGAAAUGAGGUUGAAUGCAUAUGAAUCAUCCAGGCUAUACAAGCAAAAGGUGAAGGCAUAUCACGAUAAAAAUUUGCUGAAGAAGGACUUCCAGCCUGGCCAACAAGUUCUGUUGUUCAACUCAAGGCUAAAGCUGUUCCCAGGCAAAUUGAAGUCUAAAUGGUCUGGACCAUUUACUAUCAAAGAAGUGAAGCCAUAUGGAGUAGUGGAGCUAAUAGAUCCUUAG